UUUCUCGGAGUAUCUGAUUUUCGCCUGGUAUCCUGAACCGAGCUUUGCCUGAGUUGCCUCGGACUAAGUUGCUGGAAGUUUACAGGGCAAUAGGAGCUCGCCGAAUUUCUGAGUCUGUGCAGAAGAAAGAAGAAAACUCAGACACCAAUAGUCAGACUUGGUCAGGAAAGAAAAGGAAAACAAGGAGUCGAGAACUCAGACAGCUGAAACCAAAGGACGUUUCUGUUGGGAAAGAGCUAGUGAAGAUCAUACUCGCCUUUCUAGCUGAUCCAACUCUCAACAUGGAAGCAAAGGAGAGGCACGAGAAAGUGAAGGCCCUCCUUAACGUGACAGUCUUGGAGAUGGUGGAGCCUCUGAGUGUAAGCUACAGCUUGACUUUAUCUUCAGGGGAAGUAUUGAGAAAGGUGAAAGCCACAGAAAUGGUUCGCUGGGACAAGGACGAUGACAAGUUGUAUGUACAGAGAGUGGAGAAGAAAACUGGUAGCAGCAGCAGGAGCAAGAUGAGUCUGAUUGAAUUUGCUUGUCGUUUCUCUGAAGUAAUCGCUAAGGGGAUACUUUGGGAUAAAGAGGAUCACCAUGUAAAGGAGCUUUCCGGGAUAAUCAAACUGGCUUUUCUGCUUGACUUCGAUGAAGCAACUGUUGAGUUCCUGAUGAAGUUAAAUAAUCUUCAGAUCUUUGUAGAAGACGAGGAAUUCCUCUCAUCUGCUUUUCCUCCUCCUAAUUAGGUGAGCUACAGUACAAUCAUUUCAUUUCACUUACUAUUCUUUGUUAGCUUAUUUUGUGUCUGAUCUGUUUUGCUCAUACAAUGUGAUCUAUGUGUCUAUUUGUAUGCUUAUGGGGUUUUUUGUUCCCGAGUUUAGAAAAUUGUGAAUGCUGGACAUGACAUCCUAAGUGAGGUUGCUACUUUGGCAUUUGAUCAUGUUCAAUAGUCCACAUUGUUAUUGUCGGGGAACCCACUGGCGAGAACCGGCUUCUAGUCAAGGUACCAUUCCAUAACCAAACCAUCACCUUAAUCACACAUCAGUCUUGCUUUCUUUAUACAUAUCAUCGUAUGUAACCUUUUUCUGUUUCGUCCAUCAAAAGGUUUCUUCGUUUCAUGUUUCGCGGAGUACCUAAACUUUAAUAAAAUUGUCUUUCGGUAGAUGUGAAUGUGAUUGUGAGUGUUGCAGACCUCAUGAAUAGCAAACAUCAAGCCUUGUCUUCUACCUAUUGCAUGUUAGCUUAAUGCUCCUCUUCUUUUUGUGUGUGUGUGUGGUGGGGUGGGGGUGGGGGGGGUCCUUGAGUAGUAAGCGUGCAGGGCCUAUAAACUAUGCUGCAUAUUCGUUUGAUCUCAUUCUUUUUUUCUUUCUUCUUCUUUUGAUACUGGAGUAUGGUUUGAACUUGGUUCCCUCACUUGUUGACCUGUUGCUUGGACUAAUUUGAAGGAAUGCGUUCAUUCUUUAGCAGCACAUGCUGAAUCGUGUGGGUAUAUCUUGUGUUGUGUAUUUCUGCCCCUUCUAGGAGUGUACAUGGGUCGGGUGGGUUGAAUUUUGACCACUUUAGUCACCCAGCCCAUACACUGUGGUUUACACAUCAUAAAACUCAAACCCGCCCAUUAAAAUCAUAACCCAGUGGUUUGGAUCGGUUCGAAUUGAAGUAUAAUCCCAAACAAAACUGAACCAAAUACGGGAUUUUUCCAGAAAUAGCACCUUUAAAAAAAAUUACAAAAAUAGCACCCAUCCGUAAAAAUUUCCACUAAUAGCACCCUUUUUAAUAUAACGCACCUUGUAGA